CAAUUAUAUUUCCGAUUUCCUUUACUUGGCUGGACCGCAAUGUGGCUCCGAUUGUCGACCUGGAUGUAUGUGGUUUGCGGCUGAGUGACUCACUAGCGCAGUCAUCCCACAUCAUGUAAAGAUAAACCAGGCGGAGGUUCGCGUCUGCCAACUCAUCAUCUGGACAUUCAUAACGAAAACCAUGAGCAUUGAGAUCAGAAAAGCAACAGUGGAUGACGCUGCAGACGUUGCGCGCAUCCACAUCCAUUCAUGGCAAGAAACAUAUAGGGGCAUGAUGCCUCAAGCCUACCUCGACUCCUUGGAUCUGGAGCGGCGCAUUACAAACUGGACGAUGCAUCUUCAGAACCCCGAUGCCUUUGAAGUGAAUAUUGCCACAGUUGGCGGCAAGGCAUACGGUAUUGCGGCGGCCGGGAAAUGCCGGGACAAAGAUCUCGAUUAUCAGGGUGAAAUCUUCUUGAUAUACGUGCUGCAGGAGGCCAAGGGCAAAGGUCUCGGGAGGAUGCUGAUGCGGGCAAUGAAGGAAACGAUGCUGCGCCAAGGGAUACACAAUGCCGCUUUAUGGGUGCUAGAUGUCAAUCCUGCACGGCGCUUCUACGAGCAUAUGGGCGCGAAACAGCUGCAAAGCAAGGAGGUGGAACUUGCAGGGACAACUCUUGUGGAGGUGGCCUAUGGGUUUGACAACUUUGACGUGUACUGAGCGUUUGGUGUGUUUGGUAGCGUUUACAGUUGAC